UGAAAUUUGGAUGAUGGGAUGAACCAAAAGUAUGGUGUCUCACAAGAGCAAGCUACAAUGUUCUUCUAAACUCCAUUUUAUGUAUACUUAAUAACCGCUGUGCGGACUCGAGCGUGGUACCCCCGGUGAAACUCCUCGUGUUUGCCACCUUUCCUGAUCCCUUUAUUUCAUCCACGUCCACCCGACAGCUUUUCAUUCUUUUCAUUCUUUCAUUCUUUUGCAGCUAGCGCCGGUCGCCCACCCAAAUCAUGCUAUCCGCCAUCGGCACCUCCAUUCCUCUCAUACGCAUCUCGCCAGCUUCGCCAGUCAAGGUAUAUCCAGAGCCGUACUCCCCGUUCCUCUCCGCAGAUUUAGACCAGGAUGAUAGCGGGUACCGCCCGAGGUUGCUGAGUCCUCAAUGUUACUUUCCAGCCAUAUCUCCCAGGCACUCGUCUCCUCUUCGUCCCGCAGACUGUCCUCCUCCCAGAGGGCUUCACGGUGAUCAGUUCGAUCAACUUCUCAAAGUGUCGCGUGACAAGAGAGCUGCGCUUGGUUCCAGAAAGGUCCUGGAUCUGCGCAGGGAACUUGCUAUUAAGAACCAGAGAAAUAAGCAACUUGAGCGUCGUGCAUUCUUCCUGUCAAGAAUUCACGAACCUCCGUCUUCAACUCAUUGCAAGACCCCUGUUGAGUUUCCUGCCAUUAAUCAAUGCACACUCCCAUCACUCGGCCUCGAGUCACCGCCGUCGAUGCUCUACUCAUCUGCCGAGGAGCAUGAUGGUUUGAUUGGACAAGACUUCGCCAGGUGCCGCACCUGGUUCGAAAAGGUGGAUUGUCGUCAACCCGUCAGCAAGCUCAAGACAGACCUGAAGUUGGGUAGACGCAGACUUCCAUCACUGGAAGAGAUCAUUGCCCACGUUGGACCACUUCAUCCUCCCUCACAUAUCGUCAAUGACCCUAUCUUCACAACACCCCGUCUACCCGUGUUCCUAAGGAGCAACAAGAACCCAUCGACCACACGGUCUGUCUCGGAUACGAAAUCCGAUAUCAACAUCGGCAGACUGCAUAUGCCCAUAAGGCGCCGUCAGAGUAGCGACUCUCUUUCCCAUAUGCGGCUAAGCGCAGUGCCCAGUCAUUCUUGUUGCCCGAGCAUCGAGAUAACCAGCCCCCGUCCUCGCAGUAAUGCGAGGUGCGCGAUCACUGAAUCCGAUAUGCAUUCCCUUGGCCGAGCCAACACUGCUCGUGAAAUGAUGACCACCAUCAAACGUCGCACCUCCCCUCCUCUCCCAGGUUUCGCAGACAAUCACAUUAGGUCAAAAAGACAUAGCGCUCCAGCAGAAAUGCAAGUAAGGAAUCGCUCUGGCUUCGAGCAUCCAAACUUGUCAUUGCCUGGGAGUUUCUGAACACUUGGACAUUUUGGACACUAUCGUGGUACUGCCGUGCAGUUACUUCCAUGGACAACUUCUUGGACCUUGUCUUCUCCUUAGUUUAGAAACGCUGCCGCAUACGUCUAGAUGACACAGGGUUGCGUUACUGCUUGGACACAAAUCCGCUGCUUCUUUUACUUCUUGCCGCACCGCGUU